CCUUUUCCGUCGUGUCACGGAGGUUCGAUCACUGAACAAAAAAUCUGUAUUUCUUGAAUUAUUUGCACAUAUCAGGAGUUUCUAACAAAUCGCUGCCUUCAGAUGCUUCGUUGGAAUGUAUGUCUUCGAUUAGUUGUUCCCCUAGGAUGUCUGAACUCGGAUUUACUGUCUGAUCGGAAAUAACCUGGGUCAUGUCGACUUGAUGUGUACACAGAUUUUGGCCAGCGCCAGUGUGUAGAACAAGGAAUCAGAAACAACUCACCUCUGUCGCAAAGGAGAUAUUAGUUUACACCGGUGAAAAUAUUGUUUUUUAUUAGAAACUUGUUUAGAUUAUCAAAAUGCAGAGUAACAGGGAUAAAGAUAAAGAACGCCAGGAUGACAGGAGGAAACCGCGAACGAGCGGAGCGAGGAUGCAUUCCGCCGGUCGGGGAAGCAACUCCAGUAACUCUGGUGUUCUCAUGGUUGGCCCCAACUUCAGAGUGGGCAAAAAAAUUGGAUGUGGGAAUUUCGGGGAACUACGUUUAGGUAAAAAUUUAUACAACAACGAACAUGUGGCAAUAAAACUGGAACCUAUGAAAUCAAGAGCACCCCAGCUACAUCUGGAAUAUAGGUUUUAUAAGAUGCUGGGACAAGCAGAGGGUGUUCCACAAGUACACUACUUUGGUCCCUGUGGUAAAUAUAAUGCAAUGGUUUUAGAAUUACUGGGUCCUAGCUUGGAAGAUCUAUUUGAUUUAUGUGAUAGGACAUUCACGUUGAAAACAGUACUCAUGAUAGCCAUACAACUUAUUACUAGGAUUGAAUAUGUUCACAGCAAGCAUCUUAUAUACAGAGACGUCAAGCCAGAGAAUUUCCUGAUUGGUCGGCAGUCAACAAAGUCGCAGCAUAUAAUAGAUAUAAUAGAUUUUGGUUUAGCUAAAGAAUACAUAGAUCCGGAGACGAAUAAGCAUAUACCUUACAGGGAACAUAAAAGUCUUACGGGCACAGCGAGAUAUAUGUCAAUCAACACACAUUUAGGAAAAGAACAAAGUAGGCGAGAUGAUUUAGAAGCUCUAGGCCAUAUGUUUAUGUACUUUUUACGAGGAAGUUUGCCGUGGCAGGGUCUAAAGGCUGACACUUUGAAGGAGCGUUACCAGAAAAUAGGCGAUACAAAGAGGGCGACUCCCAUUGAAGUAUUGUGUGAUAAUUACCCAGAAUUGGCUACAUAUCUUCGUUACGUGAGAAGACUAGAUUUCUUUGAAACUCCUGACUAUGAUUAUUUACGGAAGAUAUUUGUUGAUUUAAUGGAUCGCAAAGGUUGGAAAAAUGAUUACGAAUUUGACUGGACAGGGAAGCAGUUGAAUACCCCUGGAGGCUCUUUACAUUCCACUGAUGGGGGUGGUCUAUCAUCGCCACAAGGCCAAGGUCUACCAAGGCAUCUCAACCAUGGCAGGGAUCGAAAUAGACAUGGUGCAUGGCAGGAACAAAAUCAAGGUGUAAAUCAACACCACUUGAACCCCAAUAUGACUGCAGCAGAUAGACACGGCUCGUGUCAAGUGGUGAACUCUACAAAUGGGGAAGUAGCUACAGAUGAUCCCACAGCUGGGCAUUCAAAUGCCCCAAUUACAGCGCAGGCUGAAGUGGAAGUAGUGGACGAAACAAAAUGUUGCUGUUUCUUCAAGAGGAGGAAAAAGAAAAGCACUGGUCGUCGAAAGUGACUACCUACACAGUACGUGGAACUGGGAAGUUUAUUAGCUGGGAAAGCUUCACACUGAGAUUAAUCUAAUGCCAUGGUGCUUUGUUCUAGAAUGUGAACUUGAUUUGUAAAAAUAAUAUAUUGUUGUGGAGAUGGAAUGAGAUGUAUUAAAAGGAAGAAAUAGAUUUUGAUCAAUUGCGAGAUAUUUACUAAGAUUGAACGUCAUGAGAUAUUCAUUAAUAGGUGGGACCGAAUUAAAAGAACUGCCAAAUUUUAACCAAAGGAUACUUUUUGUGUUUCUGGGGAGUGUAUCAUUUACAGAUGUGGUGAACCUCCUCGGUCAAAGAAACAUGGACUUCUCAAUGUUUUAAUGACGAGAAGGAACUGAACUUGAGCUUGAUAUUGUC